CAGAAGAAUAUUAGACCUCACCUUGGAGAUCAUCUCCCUGCUGAGCGGAGAGGAUUACACCAUAGUGAAGAAGACAUCGAGGGGGACUCCCAUCAUCGAUGAUUCAGUAGGGUGGAGCAGGACCCCCAUCACUGAGCCUCCCCCCCUGAUACAUGAGCAGAAGAUCCUAGAACUCACCCACAAGAUGAUGGAGCUGCUGACUGGAGAGGUUCCUGUAAGGUGUCAGGAUGUGGCGGUCUAUUUCUCCAUGGAGGAGUGGGAGUAUGUAGAAGGACACCAGGAUCUGUACAAGGAGGCCAUGAUGGAGGCUCCCCGGCCUCUGACAUCACCAGAACAUCACAGUAAGAACUCUGGAGGAACCUUCAUGUUAUCGCUAGAUCAUAUAGUAGAGGAUGAAGAUAUCAGGCAGCACUCUUCAGGAAUAAACCUUGUUACCUGUAAUGUACAUCCAGGACUUCACAGAACAGAUCUGUCAUAUAAUCCUCCUGAUCAUGAGGAACCUUCUCCUGACCAAUCACAGAUUGUUACCACAAGUCCCGGGCAGAAAGAGGGUAAAAGAUUUCAGUGUGCGGAAUGUGGAAAACAAUUUGCACAUCACUCCAGCCUUUUUGCCCACAGUAGAAUGCACACAGGAGAGAAGCCAUAUUCCUGUUCAACAUGUGGGAAAUGUUUUAUAUAUAGAUCAAAACUUGUUACACAUGAGAAGUUUCACGCAGGAGAGAAGCCGUAUGCGUGUUCAGAAUGUGGUAAAGGUUUUGCACAAAAGUCAGAUCUUAUUUUGCACCAGAGAAUUCACACAGGAGAGAAACCAUUUUCAUGUUCAGAAUGUGGGAAAGGUUUUAUUACUAAUCACCACCUUAAGCUUCAUCUGCGAAUUCACACAGGAGAGAAACCAUAUUCAUGUUCAGAAUGUGGGAAAUGUUUUAAUUAUAAAUCAUGUCUUCAUACACAUGAAAGAACCCACAGAGGAGAUAAGCCAUUUUCAUGUUCAGAAUGUGGGAAAUGUUUUAUCACCAAAGACAAGCUCAAGCUUCAUCAGAAUAGUCACAAAGGGGAGAAGCCGUAUUCAUGUUCAGAAUGUGGGAAAUGUUUUAUGCAAAAGUCAGACCUCAUUACACAUGACAGAAUUCACACAGGAGAGUAACCAUUUUCAUGUUCAGAAUGUGGAAGAUGUUUUUUUACUAAACACCACCUCAAGCUUCACCAGAAAAUUCACACAGGAGAGAAGCCAUAUUCAUGUUCAGAAUGUGGGAAAUGUUUUACAGAUAAAUCAUGUCUUCAUAAACAUGAAAGAAGUCACAUAGGAGAGAAGCCGUUUAAAUGUUUAGAAUGUGGAAAAUGUAAACAUGAGAGAAGUCAGACAGGGGAGAAGCCCUUUUCAUGUUCAGAAUGUGGGAAAGGUUUUAUUUCUAAACACAACCUCAAGGUUCAUCAGAGAAUUCACACAGGAGAGCAGCCGUAUUAAUGUUCAGAAUGUGAAAAAAUGUUUUAAUUCUAAACAUAGUCUCAAGGUUCAUUAGAGAAUUCGCACAGGAGAAAAGCCAUAUUCAUGUUCAGAAUAUGAAACAUUUUUUACAAAUAAAUCAGAUCUUGUUAGACAUGAAAAAAAUCACACAGGAGAGAAGUGAU